AACUCGCUCCUGCUAGUGCUGAAUUCCCAAUGGGGGAAAAUUUAGAGAGCCAAAGUGGAGGUGCAGGCUCGUCUUCAGAUAAAAUCAGCGGCGCCAUCAUGUGUCUUACCGUACUCUCCUAUUUGGUUUCUGUUCUAGUAGUUGCCACAGGAAUUUGGCUGCUGUGCAUGAAGGAUUAUGAAUGUGAAGACCUACUGAGGCUACCAAGAAUUAGAAUCUUAAUCGGAAUUGCAAUGCUUGCAGUUUUUGUUGCAAGCAAUGCUGUUGUUCAUUCCAAAAAUCGGAUGAUCAUUCCUGCCUAUCUUGGAAUCAUGGCCUUGAUGAUUUUGAUGUUCAUUCUGGGCUUGGUAUUAGCCGGAAAGUAUCCGAUGGAAAGCAGAGGAGUCCCUGGAACACCCCUGUGGCUUAAGACAAGAGUGAGCGACAAUAGGAACUGGGCCAACAUCAGGUUGUGCAUCAACGACGCCGGACUCUGUUCAGAUCUGGCAAUAACAACAGCCACAUUGAACUCUUACCAAUUUAGCAUCAAAAAGUUGUCACCUAUUGAGUCUGGCUGCUGCAGGCCGCCCACAUCUUGUGGAAUGCAGUACAUCAAUGCAACAUACUGGCUAGCACCCAACCAAACAGCCGAUGACAUUGGCAGUGACGUUGGCAGUGGCAGUAGCAGUACUGGAGUUGGCAUCAACAAAUGGUUCCCAGAGGGCGACUGCCAUGAAUGGAGCAACAAGUGCACGCAGCUGUGCUACGAUUGCUUGUCUUGCAAGGCCGGCUACUUGGGGACGUUGCAGAGACGAUGGUGGCACCUGGGAAACAUACUCAUCUCCACUGCUGCCCUCCUCUCCCUCAUCCAUUCCAUUCGCUUUGUUCUCGUCAUGAUGCAGUUACGUGGUACGUAGAGAAACUCUG